GAUUUUGUGAACAAAAGAAAAAGAAAAGACGUUAUUUGCGUUUACAGCUGAUCUCUUGGCUUGCCUACCGGCCAGCUUUUAUGUAAGGAAAUGAGAACCCAUUAAAAUAUUUUGAGAAAAAGUAAUGUUAACGAGAGAGAUCAGAGAGAGCGAGGAGGGUGGGGGAAAAGGAAUCACACAUGAGGGUGUCUUUCUCUGUCUAGCUCUCUUUCUUUUUCUUUUUUAUCCCGUCGUCUCCGGGGAAGGGAAAUCCAAAGUGAUUAUAUUUUUUGGUGCAUCUCUUGUGGGUUUUGACCACAGAGAGGGAGAUAAAGAGAGAGAAGAAAGAGCCUGCGCUCUUCUUCUUCAAGUGUCAUUUUCCUAAAUAUACUCUCGAGGACACACCGGACCUAAAUCCCCCACUCCUCCUUUUCCUUUCCUUGCCUUUCUGGGUUAAUUUCUUUAUUUUAUAUCUUCCUUCUUUUGCUUAACAACAGUCUCUCUCUCUCUCUCUCUCUCUCUCUCUCUCUCAUGUCUAUUUGUUUUAGAAGAUAGCGGAUAUUUUUUUCUUUGGUUCAACUCACUUCAUAUUUUCCCUCUUUUGUCUUAAAAAGCAUACCAAACUGUUCUUUAAUAGCUUGUGUUUCUGGAAGGGAGAAAAUAUAUAUCGUUCAUAUAUCUUCAAGAAGAUCGAAAGAUUAAAGACCCACUUGUCAAUAGCUUCACUUUCUUUUGUUUCUUUAUGGUAUAAAGUUGAAUUGUGCUAAGACAAGCUUCUAUUUGGUAAAAACGGUUCAUGAAAAUGCCCUUGGAAGGGAUUUUCAUUGAACCCUCUUCAACCCCUCUCCCCGAUCUCUCCCUGCACAUUAGUCCUCCCAACAGUUCGUCUUCUUCCAUUUGCACUAUUAGCAAUGAACUAGACACCAGGUUCGAUCUUUUGAGCCAACGAGAAGCCCACAAUUCCAACAGCAAUAUCUCUGAGAGGACUGAAUCCCAAGCUCAUACCGAACUCUCUCUUGGGAGGAAUUCCAGAUGUGGAGCUGAAGCACCACAUAAGCCUUAUCAACAACAAAGGCAUCUUCUUUACCAGUCUAACAAUGAUCACUUAAAUCACAUAAAUCAUGGGGUUUCACUGCUCGAUGUCUCCUCUGACGGUUUGACGCCGAUCAAAGGGAUUCCGAUCUAUCAUAGCCGUUCAUUUCCCUUCUUGCCCAGGAACCCUACGAGAGAUAAGGAUCCUAAGAUGUGCUUCUACCAAAAUCCUUCUUAUCCCUCUUUGUCUUCCUCUUGCUCAUCUUUGUGCAUACCAUCUGUAUCUCAUUCACCUUCGUCUUACCAUGGAGGGGGCUUGGAUCCCAUGUCAAUCUUAAACUCGGUUCCCAAUGCCUCUUCGGCGGCUUUUAGAUUGGGGGCUACAACAAGGUUUAAUGGGUUCUCGGCAGAUGCUUUCAAAUCCCAGCAAUUGCACCAUCAUCAUCACCACAAUCAGUAUGGGAUAGGACCUUCGGAGGCGUCUCAUGGGACGAUGAGAUCAAGGUUUUUGCCUAAGCUCCCAACAAAACGGAGUAUGAGAGCACCAAGGAUGCGCUGGACGAGCACACUCCAUGCCCGAUUCGUCCAUGCUGUCGAGCUUCUUGGUGGCCAUGAAAUUUCAGGAGCUACACCGAAAUCAGUUCUUGAGCUCAUGGAUGUCAAGGAUCUCACAUUAGCUCAUGUCAAGAGCCAUUUACAGAUGUAUCGGACUGUAAAGACCACUGACAAGCCUGCAGCUUCCUCAGGUCAAUCAGAUGGAUCUGGGGAAGACGAAUUAAUCUCCCCUAUGGGAAGUGCUUGUGAUCGUGGCCUACGUCCGUUCACCGAUCAAAGAGGACAGGCUGAUCAACGGUCCAUACAACAAGAUGUGGACUAUCCUUCUUCCAGUCUGUGGAGUAACUCUUCGAGUAGGGAGGAAUGGUCACAAGCUAACAGCAAUGACAUCGAGCGGCUCAAAGCUGCAUCCUUCGAGUCACAACAAAUUAGACCAAGAUCACACCAUUUGCAGGAAUGUGCAGGUUCAACUCAAACGAAGAGCUACUUAGGGAACCCAAGCUUGGAGUUCACAUUAGGCAGACCCGAUUGGCACGGCAAACCGCACGACUGAUAUUUCCCCUUCUCCGGCCUAUAUAUUUGCCUUUGUUUUGAUUUGCAGUCCUAAUCUUCUUGAUUGAAAAUUUAUAUUUAUAUAUAUAUAUAGAUCAAGGGUGUUUGUGAGGAAGAGGAAAUUGCAGCUCGAGUUGAUUAUGCAAGUUGAAUCUUUUGAUUGAACGUGCAACAUUUUUGGGGCUUGUUUGUUAUGUGUGGCUAAAGUUCCAGGUGAUUGCAAAAAAAAAAAAAAAAGGAUGGAGAAGUGAUGAGGAAAAGAGAAUAUGGCAUGAGAAUAGGUUUGAUUCUUACAACUUUUAAAGACUAUAUAUUCCUGUCAAGCUGGAUUUAUAUACAAGGAAGAAAAAAACCAGCUAGUGUAUGACAUACAGCAAUAUCAUUCUAAGCAUGACCUGGUCCUUUAUGCUAAACAUCAAUUCAUGACAUGUUUGAGUACUGCAAGUCACUGCAAGCGGGUCACCUUCCUAUAUCGCUCUUAAAGUACUUGGCUGAGCAUUCCGGCCCUUCAAUAUCUACUGGACAAAUUAAGCUGCAUUGGUCUACUGCUUGUAAUGCUGAUUUCUGUGUACUGUCAACUUACUUGUUAUUAUCACUUGUAAAUAGUGAAACUGGACUUUGGAUCUUUUUCUUUUUUCUUUUUUCUUUUACCAGUGAUCAAAGGUGCAUUAAUAUA